AUGAUCGUCCACGAACUUCUGGACAGCUACUACCACUCUCUGAUAUCGCAUGAGCAAGGUGUUGAAGACUGCUGCUCUCGUCGGUGUUUAGACAACAAUCGACUGGACCAUCUCAGCGAAGCGGAAAAAGCAACGUACAAUGAGAGACUGGUUCUCCAUGUACAAGGACAGACAAAUCUGGAUACGUCUUUCCUGUCGCGGGUUAAUCUGCAGGUGGAGAAGCUACGUAAGCUCAACAGGAAGCGCCAUUACAAAGCGUUGAGAUCAAUCAAGAAAUCUGUUAAUCAUCUCAAAGAGACUUUCAAGUCGUGGCAGUGGGCCAAGCAACAUGACAUCGGCCUGGUUCGAGACUUCGGAAUACGCCCAGGCCUCAAGUCCACUGUGCGCCGAAUCCGAGACAUCGAGUUCUUUCCCUAUGAAAUAGACGCAAUCCACGACCAAAUCAAGAAUCCCACCUAUAUCUAUCGCAUCCAGAUGGACGCUUUUCUCCUUCUGCCCGUCAGCGAAGCAGAGCACGCUCAACUCCAGGACAAAAUCUCCAAGCAGCCCUGUUAUCUGGAAGAUCAUAAUCUUCUCAUGCCGGAAAUCCAGAAGCAAGCACUCAAAAAGCUGGCGAAGACGCUCAACAUGCUUCCUGCAGGCGAUUCGCGUCUCAAGCUGAGGCAAUUAGAGACUGCGUUGGAGCUCCUGGGCGGUGAGAGUUCUGGCAGUGAGGACGACGAUUAUGAUGGGUCAAUCUUGGGUGUUAAGGGGAAUAAGAGAUAUCCACAUGGAGAUAGGUUUACUGGGAAGCCACGGCUCAUUAAUCUGCAAUGA